GUACCAGGAUGUCACGCAAACAAACGAACAAUACUAAAACACAAAAACAAGUUGAAUGAAGUUGUGGAAAUGUGCUGGAAUGUUGGAUUAUAAAUACAUUGGUGAGUUAUUCUACAGUUUACCUUUUCACUUUUUGUUUUGCAUCACCAUUAGGAGUGUAUAGUUUUUAAAGACUGAAAAUGUUAGCACAAAUUAGUAUUGUAUCUGCGUUGUAACAGCAGCUCGCUUGGGGGCGCUGCUUGUGAAAUUCCAGGGGUCUCAGUGGAACUUCCAUCAGUACUUUGGAGCUUGUGGGAGAGGAAAAGAUUGCAAUAGGGCGAUGGCUACUGAUCCGCCAUUCUUCACCAGUUCAUUGAUCAAUAUUUGAUUCUAGGAAUACUAAUUUCAAUUUUUGGUAUAAAUUCAUGUUUAGGAGGUUGAUUUUUUUUAUUAUCAGCUUUCAGUUGAUUUGAUUUAAUCCAUCUUUUGAAUUUGCCAUGGCACGAAGAGGAUGCAACGUAGUGUUGGAGCGUGUGCUCAUUUUUAUUCUUUCUCUGGGUUUCACUUUUAAUUUCACUUCGGCGCAGCUGCGUUACUCAAUACCAGAAGAACUAACGACGGGUGCUGUUGUUGGAAAUAUUGCUAAAGAUUUAGGAAUGGAGCCAAGUGUUUUAAUUUCCAGAGGAUUUCGCAUCGUAUCUGGAUCGAGGGACUCGCUAUUCCAGAUCAACAAUAACGGAGUCCUUCACGUCAGCCGAAAAAUAGACCGAGAGGAGGUGUGCGAAAGGAUCGCUGCGUGUAUUAUCAACAUAAAGACUGUACUGGAGAAUCCCUUAGAGGUGCAUUAUGUCGCCAUCGAGGUGUUGGACGUGAACGACCAUUCUCCCACCUUCCCUGACAACGAGACGCAUUUAGAGAUAUCAGAAUCUGCGUUAUCCGGGGCUCGGUUUCAGUUGCAAGGCGCACGGGAUCCAGACAGUGGCGUGUUCUCUGUUCAACAGUAUAGGCUCAGUCAAAAUGAUAAUUUUCGUUUGGAGAUUAAAGAUAGAGGGCGAGAUGGUAAAAUUCCUUUUUUGUUGUUGCAUAAACCGCUGGACAGAGAAGCUGCGAGAAGUCAUGGGUUACUGCUCACAGCUGUUGAUGGAGGCAAGCCCGCUAGGUCAGGAACAAUGAAAAUUCUUAUCAAUGUUUUAGAUGUAAACGACAAUAUGCCCACAUUUUCUAGCGAUUCAUAUACUGCAGAGCUCAAUGAAAAUUCCCCCGUAGGUACAACGAUCAUACAAGUAAAUGCCACUGAUCAAGAUGAGGGUUUAAAUGGAGAGGUGGUUUAUUCUUUUGGGUAUAAUGUAAAUGACAACCUAAGGAAACUAUUUCAACUUGAUACCUUUACAGGAUCAAUUACAGUAAAAGGAGUUUUAGAUUUUGAAGCAAAUGACAGAUAUGAAAUAGACAUCAAAGCUUCUGAUAAAGGACCAGUCCCCUUGUCAACAGAAAAAAGUGUCAUAAUAGCUAUUGUAGACUUGAAUGAUAAUGCACCUGAAAUAGAAAUAACAUCAUUAUCAAGUGCAAUACCUGAAGACUCAAAACCCGGAAGGACAGUAGCAUUGAUAAGUGUGAAUGAUAAGGAUUCAGGUGUAAAUGGAAAGGUCAUGUGUUCUAUAAUUGAUGAUGUACCUUUCACAUUAACACCUUCCUUACAAGAAAACAUGUUUUCACUUGUUACCAAAUCACUGCUUGACAGAGAGCAUAAGUCAAAAUAUAAAGUAACAAUAAUUGCAAGAGAUGCUGGUGAACCAGCUUUGUCAGCUUGGAAGACAAUAAGUGUAACAAUAUCAGAUGUAAAUGACAACAGUCCAGAGUUUUCAACAAGCCCAUAUACUUUUUAUGUGACUGAGAACAAUGCUGCUGGAGCCUCUUUAUUUUCAGUGAAUGCUUUUGAUAAUGAUGAGGGGGGAAAUGCUCUCAUAUCAUAUAAUAUACUAAGAAGUGGUGAUCAACAUAAAACACUGACAUCAUUUCUCAACAUAAACUCUGAAACUGGAGAGAUUGUGGCACUGAAAAGUUUCGACUUUGAAACUCUGAAAACUUUCCAGUUCCAAGUUGUCGCCUCAGAUUCUGGGUCUCCGUCACUGAGCAGCAACGUCACAGUGAAUGUGUUCAUUCUGGAUCAGAACGACAACGCUCCAGUCAUCCUGUAUCCAGUCAGCUCCAACGGUUCUGCUGAAGGUGUGGAGGAGAUUCCCCGCAAUGUGAACGCAGGACACUUGGUGACUAAAGUCAGAGCCUAUGACGCUGAUAUAGGAUAUAACGGCUGGUUGCUGUUUUCACUGCAGGAAGUUACUGACCACAGUCUCUUUGGUUUGGACCGCUACACAGGACAAAUCAGAACACUUCGCUCAUUCACAGAGACAGACGAGGCUGAGCAUAAACUGGUCAUACUGGUCAAAGACAAUGGCAACGUUUCCCUCUCAGCAACAGCUACUGUGAUUGUCAAACUGGUGGAGCCCAAAGAGGCUUUUGCAGCUUCUGAUGUUAAAAGUGCAGCAAAGGAUGAUGAGGAUAAUAAUGUGACUUUUUACCUGAUGAUCACUUUGGGCUCAGUUUCAGUUCUGUUUAUCAUCAGUAUCAUCGUGCUGAUUGCAAUGCAGUGCUCCAGAUCCACAGACUAUACUUCUAAAUAUCUCCCAGAGACUAAUUAUGAUGGGACACUGUGCCACAGCAUCCAGUACAGAUCUGGAGACAAACGGUACAUGUUAGUUGGACCCAGGAUGAGUAUAGGAUCUACUAUAGUACCUGGAAGUCAUGCAAACACACUGGUGCUACCUGACAGGAGGAGGACAUGUGAAGAGGACACACCGAGGAGCUGGAUGAUCAGAUGGCAUGGACAGAGUGACAUAAGUACAAAGAAACCAAUCAUUUAGUUGAUUAAUAAAACUGCAGCAUGAACUGUCCUCCCUUGAUAUCGAAAUGAACCGAGCUUCAUCUGAUUCUUUCUGGUCAUCUUUCUGAAAUGUGAACCUGUGAGGUGCUCUUUACAGUCUGAGUCAUCCCAUCCCACACACAGCUUUGCCUUUUGUAAAGUUAUUGUGGUUAUUUUUAGCUGAGCCGUCUGUCCUAAAAAUGAAUCAGAAAUGUGGGCAUUCAGAGCUUAUAUGGUUAUUCUGCCAUGCUGUUGUGGAGAUUAGAGUUUACAUUAUGUCACAUAGCUCUGGUGUGUGCUUACUUGUGCACUGAUUGUCACUUUAUGUAAGUGUCAGUUUCUCUUCAGUGUUCCCCGCCAUCUUAUCUAGUAUGUUAAGUGUAUGAAGAAAACAGAGAGAUGGGUGUGGAAGAUGAGUGUUAAUGCUGUCAGUCUGACUCACAUCCUGCUUUCCCCUCCCACCAUGUUUCUCUUUUUGCCUGUUUCUGUUCUUCUUAUCACUACCCCACAUUUCUCUACCUCAGAUGAUUCUCUGCUUUACCUAUUGCUGUCCCCUCCCGUUUGAAUGAUAGUUUUUUCAGCUCUGAUAUUUGUCUUCAUUUCUCCUCGUUCUCAUCUUUAAACAAAGAACCCGUAUCUCUGAUUUUUACCAUCCCUCCCCCCUUCCUACGCAUGCUGACGUUCUUUGGCUGUAUUUGUCUUUACUUGUGCCCCCUCCUGUUGCUUUUUGCAACUGCAAUUUGAUGGGAAAUGGGAACUUUAUUUGUCCUCUCUGGUCCUUUUCUGAUUUUUAAUAUAUUAUUUACUUAUGUUUCAUUGCUAACUAUUAUUUAAAUAUCAAUCUUUGCUUCCUUAUUAUUAACCAAUGAUUUACUAUAAUUUUUGCUCUUUGUAACCACAGACAGGCUAUCUACCACCUGAAAUUUCUCGUUUUCCAAAUUAAAAAAGAAGAUGGUUUAUCAGAGCAUGUAUUUAAAUCAUAUAAAUUAUCUUAUUAUAGGGUCAAACCUGGGCCUGCUGUAGUAAUUUAAAGGAACAGUACAAAAAAUAUCUUGCUUGUGACAUAAAACAUCACUCAGUCCCUUAUGUAUGCAGUACAAGUAAUGAAAAGAAGUGGCAAUAAAGGAAAUUAUCAUUGUUUGACAAAUUACCUUUUGCAUUGAGAAUGACAUAAUUUACAGUACGAAGUAAAAAUAAAAAAACUUUAUUUCACAUAAAAGUUGUGUUUUCUGAACUGAUCCAUCUGAUCUGAUAUGAAGACAGAGAUUCGUGAAACAUCCUGCUAAUGUGUUGGUUUUUAAUGCUUGAGUAUACAGUUAAGCCCAUAAUUAUUCAUACGUCUGGAACAUUUAGGAACCUAAGAUUUGAAUAACAGUGUUUUUUAGCAUACAAAAUCAAGCUGUUGCUGUGUCCGUUAAAAAAAAAAAAAAAAACAGCAUUUUGUUUAGGAUAGGGUUGUUUUAAUUUAGUUUGACUCAUCCUUCCACAUAUAAUUACUGCUAUUAUCAUUUUUUUUUCUUUUGAUGUUUAAACAAUUAUUUUAUGUUAAUUUACAUCACUUCACACUGUACUGUAUCACGUGUAGUUUUAGCCAUUCAAGUGUACGCUACUGGUUAGAAAAGUGGAGUAAUCAUGCAUGCUUUAAGGACAACUUGUACCUCUCUGUGCUGCGCAUGGUGUUGUAAAUGCAUAAUUCACUCUUUUGCUGUGCUUGCAGUAGUUACAAUUUACCUAUCAGUAUAUCAUCUGCAUCGUAACGUUAAUGUCACUGGUCUCAGUGAAUGACUGCCCCUUUUACUUUUCUUCUGUGAUUAUUUGUGCAGAUAUUACAAUCCAGUUUGUUAUGAUGAUAAAAAUAUAAUGAAAUGUUUCUCAGCAAAUCUAAUUGUCUCAGAAAUACUGUGGUAAAUAAUAUAUGGGCCACAGUAUAAUGGAAUUAAUAGAAGUUGAUAUUUGCUUAAUGUGGGUAUGACCAAAGUUUGUCCAGAAAGAAAAAUUAAAAACUAGUAGCAAUGUAACAAGAAGUUUGUUCUGUUUAUUAAAAAUAUUAAUUAAAUAUUUUCGAUAAAUGUUCCCAAAACCCUUGUUUACAGCAAGCAUGUCUGACUCACCUUGUGUUGUCUUCCGAGAACGUGAGGAACAAGUCGUGAAAGUGAAAUCAAAAUAGCAUAACACACAGGGAAUAAUAUCUAGUAUCAACGUGUUAGAAUACCAAGUAUUGUUUGGAUAGAAUUCCUUUACCUCUAUAGUAAGAGCUUGAUUUUUUAGAUGGUUUUAAAUAGGACCUUUCAGUUCAAGUAUUCUCUAUGUCCUGCUAGAACUUUCAGAUUAUUCCCAUUUUACCUGGAAUAAGGUUUCAUUAAAGUGUUUAAAUCAUAAUUCUGCUAUGUUGCUCCAUUAGGUAAAAUUAUCUUAAUGAUGCAUGACUUCAUUCCAAUCAUUAUGUGCAUUUUUCAUCAUAUGCUACCGGUUGGCAAUUGCUGGUUGAGCACUGACUUAAACGACUAAGGUCUAGAUGUCCAGAGUAUGUGUCAUCAACAUUUUAUUUACUUAUUUUUUUUGUUGAUGUUGUUCUGGAGUCUAUUGAGAUGUUUUAAAUAUGUGGGAAAGUUGGAAAUUAGUUCAAGUUUACUAAGUUUGAGUAAAAAAAACACAUAAUAAGGGUAAAUUUUGUUUAAGGACUGUUUGGGCAUUACAUAUAUCCUAAAUUAGAACAGGUAACUUUCUCCAUUUAGGCAUCUCUGCCACCCACACAAACACUCAUAUUUCCUUUAAUCAACAAGCAACACACUGCCUUAUCUCAAGCUAAAACUAGGAUUCACUUACCUUUGAAAACCUGUGCCCAUGAAGGUGAGGUUAGUUUAUUAUACGUUCAUUUUUGAGGGUGAUGAGAGUGGAAGGCGUUUACUAUUUUUGCAAAGUGUCAGCUGGAGCUUAUACGAUUGGUUGGAAAGUCAUUAUUUUAUAGUCAUCGUCAUUUCCUGUGGAAAGUAGAGCAACGUUACAAAAUCAUUCCAGGGGUUUUGAACAUAAGAACCUCUACAGGCCUGCACACUCUUCUAUUAUUCAUUCUUUUUUUUUUUUAGAAACAGGCCAUGGCCCAGUGCAGCAGCCCUGCACCUGCAAUGCUUUUCACAUCUAGUGCUGCCUUAUGCAUUUUCUACUGCAUGAUUAAUAAGGAUGUAAAAUAUAACCUGCACAACGGCAUAUUAAUGCUGAUAUUUAGGAAGUAUAACAAGAUGCAAUGGUGCAGAUAAAUAUGUUUUUAGGAGACUAUACACUAUAUGUGUAUGUAAAAUACAUCUAUGCCGCAUGUUUUGCAUGAGCUGUAGUUGAAGAUUAGAAAAUGUUCUCAACAUCUCUGCCUCUUUGUUUUAAUAUGUAUCGGCUGGAUAAGAAUGGGAAGGUACUGUUAGACACAGGACAUCCACAUCUCUAUUUGCUAUCUUGAACAGCUGACAUUUAAAUUUCCGGAGCCUAAGAAACUGUGCACCACACACUGAUGCAUUUUAUGAAGCGUGUAAGAGUGUUAAUCUGAUAUAAGGUUUUAUAUCCGCCCCUGCCUUUGCCAUCCAGGAUUUCUGCAUAUAUAGAAACUCUCAUGGAGAACAAAGAAAAGGGUGAAUAGGCUCCCCCUUGUGGCAAAACGUAUACAUUACUUGUUACUUCUCAUGCGUGUUUGUGUGUCUGUUCAUUUAAUUAUUUAGCAUGUUGCCACUGUGAGUGUUAUACUGUUGUCAUUAGAGCUGUUAUUGACAUUCUGUGUAACUAUUGAUCUAUGAAUAGCAGGUUCUGUCCCAUUUCUCAACUGUGUCUGAUUUAAACAUGGGAAACAACCCCAUUGAAUGGAAAGCAUUUUAUGUAUUUGAUCCGGGAUUUCUAUGCUUUACUACAAAGAUAGAUCUCUUCCUAAUAGUAACCUAACCCUAACCCUAAUCCCACCACAUACAGCUGGUUGGCCUUGAUGCUGUAUCCAAGAGUUCAAGAGACAAAAAAUUGGAAAUGACGGAUAAAGACUCCAGGGAAAAUUGGGUAAUGGUAAAUCGUCAAAUGGCCAUAUUAUGUUAAAUACCUUUGUCACAUAUGGGGGAAAUUUUUCGCUGUAAUUUAUUUUUGAGGUUUUUAUGAUCAGCAAAAAUAUGUUGUGUUCUUGGUGUAGCUGCUCAGUGCCAUAAGGCAGGGUGUGGUGGAGGAGGAUGCAGGGGAGGGGCUUUGAAAGGGACUGCAUAUGCCUCACCAUGAAAACAGGAGGGAGGAUAGUGAAUCAAUUAUAGGAGCCUGUGAGGGGAUCAGUCAGAUGGGUUCUGCCUUUGUUGCUGGACACACUUUUUAGCCAAUCAGAGUGUCUAUUACAUUGAUUCUAGCUUCCCAAUCAAAUAGCUCUAAUAGCUUUGUUGAUAUCUAAACCUUAUUGUUCCAUCUUCUGCCAUAUUUUUAUCUUCUGCUCUCACACAAAAACAUGUAAAUCAUAGAAAUCCUUAUGGAUCUUAAGUGAAUCUUCACCUAGUCAUUUAUGUGAUCCAGAUUACAAUAAUUAAACUCACCAUGGCAAUAUAUACUACCAGAUAUUUACAAGAGGGUAUAAACAAAAUACUGUGUGCACCUCUGAUCACUAGUGUAUAGAUGCUAUGUAACAUAUCAUAUCUUACCUUUCUCAACAGAAUGAAUGGGUAGUAUUGGUGUAUGUUAAAAAUGGCACAGUGCUGGGUAUUCAAAGUAUCAGGUUUUGUGUUUUUCAUUCAUUAAAAUGUUACUGUUGAUCUGUUAGGGGCAACACAUGACAUAGGCAAGAAUAAUCACACAGCAGGUGUAGCACGCCUGUUGUUUUACAGUAGAGUAACUAAUUAAAUGAUUUUUUUUAGGCAGUGUUCCAUUACUUUCCAAAUGAGUGAACAAUGUGCCCCACUAUGCCCCUCGGUGUGUGUGAAUGUGUGUGACUGAAUUUUGGGCAUGCUCCAUAUUGCUGUGUCCUGAUUUUUCAACUGGUUCCGGCUCAUGUUU